UGACGAGCGGGACACUUGAAGACAUUAUUGUCUAACAAUUCAGACGAUUUGAAUCCGGUCCCGAAGCAAGAAGCCAAAUCUCCGUGGCGAGGAGAUGAAGCUGCUCGCUGUCUUCGCCCUCUUCUGCGUGUUGGCGUACGCCUCGGCCGAUCCGACACCUGCCGUUUACGAUGAACCGACUGACGAACUGAAUUCUUUCGAAGAAUCAGCGUCCGACGAAAUGCCGAUGACGUACGAUAUGUCGACAAUGACUCGCCAUCGUCGGUUAACCUGUGUAUCUUUAUUUAAAAACGGUCGUUCUGCCUGUGCGCGAAAGUGCAUACGACGAGGUCAUUUGGGCGGUUUUUGCCAUGGCGGUAUCUGCAAAUGUCGUGGGCUACCCUACGCGAAAAAUCCGGUUGAAUUUUCCCGGCCUUUUUCGACGCCCAACCAGAAAGCCUUCUUCCGCAAUAAAGAUCCUUUCAAAAAACCAGCGUUCAACAAAAUGCCGAUGACAUACAAUAUGUCGACAAUGACUCGCCAUCAGUUAACCUGCGAUUUGCUGCUUGGAAUCGGUGCCUGUGCGCAAAAGUGCAUACAACAAGGUCAUUUCGGCGGUUUUUGCCAUGGCGGUAUCUGCAAAUGCCGUGGUCUACUCUACAACGCGAAAAAUCCGGUUCAAUUUUCCCGGCCUUUUUCGACGCCGAACCAGAAAGCCUUCUUCCGCAAUAAAGGUCCUUUCAAAAAACCAGCGUUCAAAAAAAUGCCAAUAACGCGCUAUAAGCCGGCAAAAGCCCGCCAUCCUCGGAUAACCUGUGAUCUCCUAUCUAUGUUUAAAAUCAGUCAUUCUGCCUGUGCGCUAAAGUGCAUAUAUCAAGGUCAUUCGGGCGGUUCUUGCUAUAAAGGUAUCUGCAAAUGCCAUCCAUCCUACGACGCGAAAAAUUCGGAUAAAUUUUCCGACUCUUUUUUUUGGAACCAAAAACCCGUUUAUCAGGUACCCUAUAAAUAUUAUUAUAUUCCCAAAAAAUUAUUUCUAUCCGAGAAAUCUACGAAGCAAAUAGCAUCAAAAUAAGUUUCGAAACAAUUGUCGUUAUUUCUUUAUUUUCAAACGUUUUAUAGUGCCAAUUACCUUUGGCACGACAAAGAAGCUCGUUUGAGACAAAGAAAAUAACGACAACUGUCUCAAGGCUUAUUUUGAUCGUCGACUUCCCGAUACGUCUCUUCGGCCAGUUUGAUCGUUUACAUCGAAUCCACGUGCUCUCACCGUUCGUUUCCGUGAUACUGACUACGCGUCAGUCAUGUAUGCCAUCGUAUCGUUCUCAGGAUUAAUCAUCGUGAUCGAUUGUUGACAAUGCGCUCGGCUGUUUGUUCUUCUUGCUAUUCUUUCCCUUCGCUUAUUCUCUCGCAGCGUGCGUGUUAUGUAUAUGCGCGGACUGUGUGAAUUUUCGCAAAAACCCGAUAUUACUUUUCCGUCAGUGGAAAUUGUUUGAUCGGUUUUGCCGCACCGCAUGUCAUUUCAAUAAUAGCUGCCGUCGCUGCUGCGGCAACGGGCUUUUUACGCGGAUGUGAUGUGACGAAAAUUGAUAUUUAUCGGCAGUUAUUAACGGGAUUAAUUAGUCGAUCGUUUAUCUUAAUGGAACGAGUGCUAAUCUCGGGCCACAACAUCGAUUACGGCGAGUGUAUAAAAGAAAAAGGAAAAUGAAAAAUCGCGAGCCUGUAUUAAUGCCCAAAACCCUUUGAUAAUAAUUGAAAUUUGCUUCAAAUGAUUUGAAUUUGGUGUUGCAUGUAAGCUUGUCAAAUGAAUCACGACAAAUAUAAUGUUACAUGUAAUUCAACUGAAAAACUUAGAGAUCCAGCUCUAAAGUAUAAUCUGAAUAUCUCACGUGAGAAGUUCCAAGUGACGACUAUUAAGACAAGCCUAAAACCGAGCGUAGUCCCGCGAUAAAUAUUUCGAUGCGUACAUGUCGCUUAAUACCUAUAAUAGUAUGUAACGUUUAUAUAUGUAGCAUUUUCCGAGUAAUAUCAAUUAUUAAUAGUUAUUAUUGUAACUCUAAUAUUUACGUACACUGUUUUUACUUUAUAUAUAUAUAUAUAUAUAUCUUUUUAUAUUGUACAUUUACUUGUACCAUUAAAUAUAAUAU